AUGUCGUCCUCUAAGCCUGCCGUAUAUGAUCUUGUUAGCGACACUGCGACUAUCCCCACCGAUGAUAUGUUUGAUGUUAUGAAAUCUGCCACCCGAGGAGACGAUGUCUAUACUGCUGAUCAUUCUAUCAUUAAACUCGAGACAUAUAUGGCAAACCUCUUGGGCCAUGAGGCAGCUCUUUUCUGUGUUAGUGGCUGUAUGACUAAUCAGCUUGGCCUCAGAGCCUUACUGACUCAGCCUCCACACUCUGUCCUUUGUGACUCCAGAGGACACGUCUUUGUUUACGAAUGUGGUGGAAUUGCUUAUCAUUCGCAAGCCAGUGUCUCACCCGUCACACCAAAGAACGGACUUCAUUUGACGGUUGCGGAUGUCGAAUCUAACAUUAAUAACGAUAAUCUGUGUGGUGCUCUUACCAAAGUAAUCUCUUUGGAAAACACUCUCAAUGGCACAAUUAUGCCUUAUGACGAAAUGGUAAAGAUCCAUGACUUUGCUCGCUCUAAAGACCUGAAGCUCCACUUGGACGGUGCUCGUCUGUGGAGUGCAAGCCAUGCAACAGGUAUCCCAAUGGACCAAUACGGCCGACUGUUCGAUACUGUUUCAGUCUGCCUCUCAAAGGGUGCUGGUGCUCCCAUCGGCUCAAUUCUGGCCGGUUCAAAGGACAUCAUCCGCCGUGCUCGCCACCUGCGCAAGCUUAUGGGCGGAGGAUGGCGCCAGGCUGGUAUGCUUGCAGCAGCAGCAAUGCACUGCAUCGAAACCGUCGUCCCCACUAUGCCCGAAACCCACCGCCUGGCCGCUCACCUGGCAAACAGCUUAGUCAAGCUGGGUGCAACUCUGCCCAUCCCAUGUCACACCAACAUGGUCUUUGUGGACUUGGCUCCAAUUGGUCUGACAGUUGACGAACUUGCCGAUCGCCUGGAAGUCAAGAACAUCUUUAUUGCCAGAUCCCAAGGCACUGCAACCCGUAUUGUUUUGCACUACCAGAUCCCGACUGAGGCAAUCGACGAGAUCAUCAAGACUACAACCGAAUUGGUCAAUGAAAAGACCAAGGCUGGAUUUGUCAAGAAAUCCUCAGCAGCAGCCAUUCAACAACAAAAAAUAGACGAACAGCCAGCUGCUUACAAACCAUCGUAUCCUUCUGCUCCAGCUCCAGCUUCGGUUGCGACUCCAUCUGUUCUUACUACUGAACCUACUUCUGCAACCGCAGCAGCAUAA